GGUCCUGAACGUGUGAUUUUCGAUUUCCCAUCCUUUUUUCCAAAUUUAGAUUGUUUUACUGCUACAGCGGUGGAGUGUUCGCAUAGGAAAAGUGUUGUCGUUGAACACACAACAUCUUCCUUCAUCUUGACACAUUAAAUUCUAGACCGAAAGCCCUGUAAAAUAAUGGUGGAGGAAGUACAGAAGCAUUCAGUCCAUACCCUGGUGUUCAGGUCUUUGAAGAGGACACAUGAUAUGUUCAUUUCUGACCAGGCUAACAUCCCAACUCCUGAUGAAAAAAGUGCUGAAAUUCGACGUCGAUGCAAGGUUAAAGACGAGUAUGGUCUGGUUGAACAUUUACCAAAUCCUAAGCAGCAAAAACCUCGCGGUUCUGAUGAGCAAGCUAUAGGUCCUUAUGGAGAACACAAUGCCUGGGAGAAUGGUGAUCCCACUGUGUUGGGCACCCACCCAUUCCCAUCAGCACCUGGUGUAACUCUGGCUGAUGGUACUAUGGAGCAGGCUGAUCCAAGUAUGAAUGGCAUGCAACAAAUUGGUGGAGAAUAUCGCACUCAACAAAGAUUGGAAGCCGCCGGCGUUCAAGAUAUUCAACAGCACGCUGGAGCUGUAGAACGAUACGCCCCACCCCCUCCUGCCCAAUCAAAAGCAUUGGUGCAGGUAGAUAAGAUGAAAAACCAAUCCCUUGUACCGAAAAAAGCUCCAACAAUGCCAAAACCAAGCUGGCAUCCACCAUGGAAAUUAUACAGGGUUGUUAGUGGUCAUCUUGGUUGGGUGCGGUGUAUAGCUGUUGAGCCAGGGAAUCAAUGGUUUGCUACUGGAUCUGCAGACAGAGUUAUCAAGAUUUGGGAUCUUGCUAGCGGCACCCUGAAGUUGUCCCUGACUGGUCACAUUAGUACUGUAAGAGGCUUGGCCGUCAGUCCCCGUCAUCCGUACCUGUUUUCUUGUGGAGAAGAUAAGCAAGUCAAAUGUUGGGAUCUUGAAUACAAUAAGACUAUCCGACACUACCAUGGUCACUUGAGUGCUAUAUAUGGCAUGGACCUUCAUCCUACUAUAGACGUUCUCACCACGUGCUCGAGAGAUGCCACUGCUCGAGUUUGGGACAUGAGGACCAAGGCCUGUAUAUUCACUCUGACAGGUCACACAAACACGGUGGCAGAAGUAAGAUGUCAGGCAGCAGAACCACAGAUUGUUACUGGAAGUCACGACUGCACGAUACGAUUAUGGGAUCUGGCGGCCGGGAAGUCCAAAGUGACAUUAACCAAUCAUAAGAAGAGUGUUCGAGCUCUUACACUUCAUCCAACACAAUACACAUUCGGUUCUGGUUCACCAGACAAUUUAAAACAAUGGAAGUUCCCCGAUGGCAACUUCAUCCAGAACAUGUCCGGGCACAAUGCGAUCAUCAACAGCAUGGCGGUCAAUGCAGAUAAUGUCCUCGUUUCAGCAGGUGACAAUGGUUCCAUGCAUUUCUGGGACUGGAAAUCUGGCUACAACUUCCAGCGCCUCCAGACGACAGUACAACCUGGUUCAAUAGAUUCGGAGAGUGGUAUUUUCACUGUUUGCUUCGACCACAGUGGAAGUCGACUGCUGACAGCUGAGGCAGACAAAACAAUCAAGAUUUAUAAAGAGGAUGAUACUGCAACAGAGGAGAGCCAUCCGAUCAACUGGAAACCAGAGAUUCUACGGAAGAAACGUUACUGAGCUCACUAAGGAACAUAGACAUUGUUAAUCAGAUAGAGAUGAGGCUUAUUGCUGCCUGUACAUUAUUGUGACUCUUGAUAUGGACAUGGUUAAGAUAGUGGAUGAAAGAACUUGGCCCCAGCUCACUAUCCAAAAGAGCAUUUAAAAUUUUAAAGAUUUGAGUCACUAACUCCAUCUUCACUGGAUUUGUCAGUGUGGGAUCUUCAAGUCAACCCUGGUUGUGAAAGGGACUUCACAGUAUACAGCUGGGUGAAACUGAUACUGAGAUGAUGCAGGUGGGUGCAUGGUUCUGCAUUAAAAAUGUGUAUCAUUGUAUUGCACUAUUUUGGAUCCAAAAUUGUAAAUAAAUGUCAAUCAUGAUGUAUACGUCUCUAUU